AUGGAGUUUUUGUUCCCAUCUUUUCAAAUGCUCACACUCAUCAUCUCCUCAAUUAUUUUCCUAUUCAUAAUUUUCAAAUUCAAAAGAGCCACUACUAAUAAACCGGAAUGCGAUCUAGAUCGCAUUCCAGGCCCAAGGAGGCUCCCGGUCAUCGGAAACCUCCAUCUCCUUCUUAGCAAAUCAAUGCCUCAUAUAAUUUUCCGAAAACUAGCGGGCGAAUACGGCCCUCUGCUGCGUCUGCAGCUGGGCGCCGUGCCCUUCCUCAUCGUCUCGUCCGUGGACGUAGCCAAGCAGAUUCUCAAGACCCACGACGUGGCCUUUGCGAACCGGCCCCCGAUGCACGUGGCCAAAACCAUCUCCUACAACUACACCGGCCUCGCCAUGGCUCCCUAUGGCGAGUACUGGCGGUAUCUGCGGAAGAUCUGCACGCUCGAGCUGCUGAGCUCGAAGCGCGUGAGAUUCUCCCGCUCGAUACGGGAGGAGGAGAAUCUGAAUCUGGCCGCGGCCGUUGCUGCUUCUAAGGAGGGGUCUCCGGUGAAUCUGUCGGAGAUUGUGGAGCUGUCGGCGUACGACAUCACGUACAGGUCGGUGGUGGGGGAGGCGGCGGCGGCGGAGAAGGAGGCGAUGGCGGCGGCAAUCAGCCAAGCGGCGGCGCUGGGAUCUGGCCUUAGCAUCGCGGAUCUUUAUCCGUCUAGUAAGGUGCUCCCUUUCGUCACUGGGAUGGUGUACAGGAGGCGGAAGGUUUUCGGGGUUACGGAUAGGGUUAUAGAGAGCAUCGUCCGCCGUCGUAGAGCUGCCGGCCCGAGUGAUGAACGGUCUGAAGCUCUGGUGGAUUUUCUCCUCCGGUGUCAGCAAGAUGACGCCGAAGUCCGCCUCACUACGGACAACGUUAAAGCAGUCAUACUGGACAUGUUUUUUGCGGGUACCGAGACGUCUUCGACCACGGUAGAGUGGGUGAUGUCGGAGAUGAUAAAAAACCCUAGUACGCUCAAAAUGGCGCAGGACGAGGUGCGGGAGGUGUUCGACCUCAAAGGUUACGUGGACGGAGACAAGUUUGAUGAGCUAAAAUACCUUAAAUUAGUCAUCAAGGAGACACUGAGGUUGCACCCACCGGGGCCACUUCUACUGCCCAGAAUGAACAGCGAGAUAUGCGAAAUCAACGGCUACCAAAUACCGGCCGGAACCAGAGUGACGGUGAAUGCAUGGGCGCUGGGAAGGGACCCCAAGUACUGGGAAGAGGCGGAGAAGUUUAAGCCCGAGAGAUUUGAGGGGAGCUCGGUUGAUUUCAAAGGGAACAAUCUCGAGUUCAUACCGUUUGGCGCGGGAAGGAGAAUGUGCCCGGGGAUGUCGUUCGGGCUGGACAACGUGGAGUUCACGCUGGCUACGCUUCUGUACCAUUUCGACUGGAAAAUGGCCGGUAAAGAUUUGAAUAUGGAAGAGGCCUUUGGCUUGACUGCUAAAAGGAAGAAUGAUUUGCUUCUCAUUCCUACUAUAAGGAGGCCUUUGCGCAUGAUUAAUAAAUGCAAAUGAUCUUACCAAAAAUAAAUAAAUUAAUGUAAAUGAUGAUGAUGAUGAUGACUAUCACGUUUAUUGUACAAUAAAUCACCUCUUUUAUGUUACAUUCUU